AUGGAUCACGAUGGGGGAUGUAGUAGCGAGAGAAGUCUUUACGAGGUUCUUGGAGUGGGAGCAACAGCAACACAACAGGAGAUAAGGAAAGCUUACCACAAGUUGGCUUUGAGGCUUCAUCCUGACAAAAACAAAGACGACCAGGAAGCAACGGAGAAAUUUCAGCAGCUGCAAAAGGUGAUAUCAAUUCUUGGUGAUGAAGAGAAAAGAGCUGUCUAUGAUCAAACUGGCUCCGUCGAUGAUGCUGAUCUUUCGGGAGAUGUGGUUGACAACUUGAGGGACUUCUUCAAGGCAAUGUACAAGAAGGUCACCGAGGAAGAUAUUGAAGAGUUUGAGGCUAAUUACAGGGGAUCUGAGUCUGAGAAGAAAGAUUUGAUUGAGCUCUACACCAAGUUUAAGGGUAAAAUGAGCAGGCUUUUCUGCUCAAUGCUUUGUUCAGACCCCAAGCUUGAUUCACACCGUUUCAAAGAUAUCAUUGAUGAGGCCAUUGCAGCAGGAGAAGUGAAAUCAACAAAAGCUUACAAGAAAUGGGCAAAGGAAAUCUCAGAGAUAAAACCACCCACGAGUCCCCAAAAGAUGAGACAGAAAGGAAAAGAGAGCACAGAGACAGAUCUUUACGCUCUAAUUUCACAGAGAAGAGAUUCAAGGAAAGAGAAGUUCGAUACAAUGUUCUCAUCACUUGCCUCCAGGUAUGGUAGCAGUGCUGACACAGAGCCAAACGAAGAAGAGUUUGAAGCUGCCAAGAGAAAAGUUGAAAGCCGGGUAUCAUCAAAGAAGUCAAAAAGAAAGUGA